AUGGGAUCUGUGUCUGUUUCAGGCCACAGUGUAACAUGUGAAGGAUCUCAGUCAAACCUUCAGUGUGGUGAAAGACAGGUUAUAGUCGUCUCCUGGGCGAAUUAUGGUCGCCGUGACAAAACCACGUGCCCUGAUGGACGUUCUGAUUCUGAGCUCCAAAAUGUUAAAUGCUCCUGGUCCGCAAGCAUGGAAUAUUUUACUAAAAUGUGUAACUGGCAGAACAGCUGUACUGUUGAAGCACCAAGCUUAGUAGACCCAUGUCAUGGCACCUACGAGUACCUGGAGGUGUUUUUCACUUGUCAGGAUGCUUCCUGCCCUGCUGGUUGGACUUGGUUUGGAGGUCGCUGUUUCAUCUUUAACAGCAGCAUGAAGACCUGGACUGAUGCUGAGAGUUCCUGUCAGACACUCGGUGGAAAUCUGGCCUCAUUCCACAGCACAGCUGAGUACACCUUCAUCAGAGAGCUCACUCGCACAGCAGCAGGGUCGUAUCCGACAGCUUGGGUUGGAGGCAACGACAGAGAGACUGAAACUAUGUGGAUGUGGAGUGAUGGUUCCCAGUUUGACUUCCCAAACUGGGCCAAAGGAGAGCCAAAUGAUUAUAAAGGAAGAGAAGAUUGUAUGACGAUAAACAAUGGAGGACAGGAUUAUGUCAACGAUGCAUGGUGUAACACGAACACACCUUUUGUUUGUGUCAGAGAUCCGUAACUGCUUCUUCGUGUGCUGACAGAUCUGAAUUGAUGAUGUCACUUCCAUCACUGCUGGUGGAUGUAUUGACAAAUAUGGUUUCAUAUAACAUGUCAAAGAGAUUGACAUCCCCCAGCUUAUCUCCAUCCAAGAGUGAAAUAACGGACAACUAUCCAGCCUUUUCAUGGUUAAAGUAACACAGAGUGCUAUAACAAUAUAUCUCUAUGCGAU